CAUUUCCAUCGUCCUCUUCUGGUGGUCUACUAGUGGGGUACACACACUUUCAUGAUUCUGUUCUACCCAAGUCUUCAAGACCCCACUUGAUUUUCACCCUUGUCUUCUUCCAAUUUCCAUUCCCUCACUCCAAAACAGGUGGAGGGCCCUCAAGAAACUUCGGUGUGGGGUUUUGUCUUAUACGAAGUGAGGUUUCUUAGGGUUUGCUUCGGUUAAAGUCAUCUUCGUUAUAAGAUAGUAAGAAUGGAGAAAGAUCACAACUAUUCGGCACCACCCAGCAUGCCCCCAAGUUUCAACACACUUGAUUACUCUCUCGAUCAUCAUCAACUCCAUUUGUACCCACAAAAUCAACAACACCAGCAUCUCAUGAAGUUCCAAACUUCGGGUGAAAACAACAACUCAUUGGUGGAUUACAUGCCUCAAACACAACCACCACCAAAUCCACAUGGUUUUUAUGGUACUAGUAGUGCUGGUACCACUUCUUAUGAUAAACUUAGUUUUGCAGAUGUGAUGCAGUUUGCAGAUUUUGGACCCAAGUUGGCCUUAAACCAAGCCAAGAACUGCGAAGAAUCUGGAAUAGACCCAGUUUACUUCCUCAAGUUUCCUGUGUUAAAUGACGAUAAGAUGGAGGAAGAUCAGAACAUGAUGAUGAAUAAUAACACUGAUGGUGGUGAUGGGGAAGCUGAAAAUGAUGCUGAGAGGUUCAACUUGGUGAGUGUGGAAGAUAAGUGUAGGUUAGUAGGAGAAGAGGGAAUGAUGAGAGAAGACGAAGAGACUCGGGUUUCUGAUGACAACAACUCAGUGCAACUUCGGUUUCUUGGUCAUGAGGACCUACACAAGAAUUCUUCUACAGUUCAAGAGAACAAGAACAAGAGGAAGAGACCAAGAACUGUUAAGACAAGUGAAGAAGUUGAGAGCCAGCGCAUGACUCACAUAGCGGUUGAAAGGAACCGAAGGAAGCAAAUGAAUGAGCAUCUUCGUGUCCUUAGGUCACUCAUGCCCGGUUCAUACGUCCAAAGGGGUGAUCAAGCUUCUAUAAUUGGGGGGGCUAUAGAGUUUGUGAGGGAAUUGGAGCAACUUCUUCAGUGUUUGGAAUCACAAAAGAGGAGGAGACUCCUUGGAGAAGCUCAAGCAAGACAAGUUGGAGAUCCAACUCUUACAGCACAACAGCCUCCAUUCUUUCCACCUUUGCCUUUGCCAAAUGACCAGAUGAAGCUUGUGGAGAUGGAGACCGGACUUCACGAAGAAACCGCGGAGAGCAAGUCUUGUUUGGCUGAUGUUGAAGUGAAGCUUCUAGGAUUUGAUGCUAUGAUCAAAAUCCUAUCAAGAAGAAGACCAGGACAAUUGAUCAAGACCAUUGCUGCCCUUGAAGAUCUUCAGCUAAUUAUCCUUCAUACCAACAUCACCACCAUUGAACAAACAGUUCUUUAUUCAUUCAAUGUCAAGGUAGCUAGUGAUUCAAGGUUCACCGCUGAAGAUAUAGCCAGCUCGGUUCAGCAGAUAUUCAGCUUUAUCCAUGCAAACACUAGCAUGUGAUGAUCGAUUACUAUAUGUUGCUAUUAUAUAUGUUGUGAGGUAGUGUAGGUACUGUAUUCAUAUACAAGAAUUACUUGUGAUUUCUAUAGUUGCCUUUAUGAGAUACUGAUAUUGACCUUGCACUGCCGCUUGCACACUAUAUAUGUAUGACCUUUGGAUUUACUGUUGUUAUUGUCGCAUUGAAGCAAUUGGUGAUUGAUCGAACAAUAAGGUGGUUUAUAUUACAUGAUGGCUAGUCUUUACUAUAUCUUGUUCUCUCCCAAAAGUAGUACAUUGCACCAAAACUUUGGAUGCGAUAAAGAUGAUGAAUUAACUUUGAAGUAGAAGGAUCAUAUUUGGGUGCAAUUAAAA